UUGUGACAGCACAAUCGAACGGCUGCAGCAAUGGCUAGAAUUUCCAUGAAUCACCGGAUUUUGACGUGGGAUAAUCGGGAAAUUGAGUAUUCCGGUGACCCCGCGAUCCAUAUACCGGAUACAGUUUUCAGAUUUCUUGAUGAAGAAAGUGAAGGGUCGUUGGUUGGCAGCUUUAGCGACAAUGGUGAAAAUGAAAUCCAGGACGACGAUAAUAACGAAGAGAAAGACGUUCCAGCGAAUGAUCGAGAUAAAAGUUUUUGGGAAUCACAAAAUCAGCUGUUGCAAGGUACAUUAUGCAGAACAAGUUCUAUAGAAUCAAAAAUCAGAACUAUCACAAAAGAAGCAGUAAAAGAAGUACAACAGUCGGGGAAUCUGAUCUGUAAUUGCGGAAGAGCAACUAAUGCUGACGGUUGCAAAAAUUGUCUGAUGAAAGAGGUCUGCAGACGCCUUCAAAGUGCAGGUUUCAAUAGUGCAAUUUGCAAGUCCAAGUGGAGGAGCUCACCAGAUAUUCCAUCAGGUGAACAUACCUUUCUGGAUGUAAUAGACAACUCAAAUUCCAAAAAAGGAGCGAGGGUGAUCAUAGAAUUGAGUUUUCGAGCCGAAUUUGAGAUGGCAAGAGCAAGUGAAGAAUAUAACCAGCUUAUCAAGAGGCUUCCCGACGUAUUUGUAGGUAAAAUUGAAAGAUUGUUGUCUUUAAUCAAGAUUUUGUGCUCGGCAGCUAAAAGGUGCAUGAAGGACAAGAAAAUGCACUUGGGGCCAUGGAGAAAACACAAAUACAUGCAAGCUAAAUGGCUGAAAACUUGUGAACGUACAACAUCUUCUGCACCCUUAUCAACAGUAUGCUCUAGCCGACCAGCUCGGCCGAGGGCUUCCAUGCUUACAGUAGAUUUGUUGGAGAGCAUGCCCGGUUUACAUCUUACAGCAGUUGAAGUCAUAUAGAUCAUCUGUUCCACUUCUACUUGGCCUUCAAUUUUCGUGUGUGUGUACAAAAUAGCGAGAUGCCUUCGGGCCUUCCGAGAAAAUCUUAUUGUGCUUUUUGAUCGUUUGCUCUACCGAGUGUAUCUAUAUUUUGGUCUGAUAAUAUUUUUGGUUUAGAAAGGAAUUGCAGUCACAAAUAUUAUACCAUUCUUGAAAGACAAAGCCCAUUAAUGGUACGCUGCGAAUUGUAAACAAGAUGUCUCAUCUGAUUUCGAAAUUAAAUGCACUUAAAUUAGUACUUUUGAAGAGUUA